ACAGUCUGGAACUUAGCGUACCAAAUCACUGCCCCAAAAAGAGCCAGAGAUCUUCUAACAACACAACCCAGGGUACAACGAGGGACUGUGUUUGCAACCUCGAAAAAAGUUGGGAAUCAAUUUCUCUCAUUUUCCACUUCUUCUUCUUCCUCCUCUUGUUGCAGAGCCAGAAAGUAGAGAGAGAAAGCCACAAUUUUUGGAGAGAGAAAGAGAGCGAGAAGAAUGUCUUUAACGGGUGUGAAAAUGUCCGAGGACGUUUGGUUGACAUGUCUCACUCAUGCAUUGUCCACCGAGACCGAGGAGAUCAUGGGCCUCCUUCUUGGUGAUAUUGAGAACUCUGUAAAUGGGGGUGUGACUGCACUAAUUUGGGGAGCAUCACCUCAAACACGAUCUGAUCGGAGGAAGGACCGUGUGGAGACUAAUCCUGAGCAGUUGGCUGCUGCAUCAGCCCAGGCCGAAAGAAUGACAACGUCAACAGGAAGAACAACUAGGGUGAUUGGGUGGUACCAUUCACAUCCUCAUAUUACGGUUCUUCCUUCCCAUGUUGGUGAGUGUUAUGUAAUUACCCCUGCUUUCUGUCAUUAUCACGUUCAUUCUUCAAUUUCAUGAGGUCGGGCUAUUAUA